GAGGUUGUCUCUAAGAACUUCUGCAAAGUGUUAUUAAAAAAGGAACAGGUCAGAAAGAUUUUUCCACUUUGCAGGAGGCAAUGAAUAUCUGCACACAGACAGAGGCAUUAGUAAUCUGACAAUGAUAAAGAACGCAUGAUGCAUUCUACAUGUAUUAACCUGCAGUAAUCCAAAUAUAAGAGAGCAAAAUAUUCUGCCAUCAGAAUGUUGGCUGAAGCUUUUAUCAGUACAGUUAUGUAUCAUGAAGAAAUUUUGAAAAGAAACUUACAUAAAGAGUUUAAAGGACAGGAAUAUAAUGGGCCCCUGGCUGGUCGCUUUGAAAAUUCAUAUGGGAGUCUAUCAGAAAAAAGAACUCAGAAGAAGUUUAAGGCAAGUGGAGAGGCGAUGGAUUUUGUGCAAGAUAAUCACAAUUUCAGGUCUGCUGAAAAGCUUUCCCCACAGUUAUUUGGUGAUCCUACAGGUGAUGCUUCACCAGCAAUGAGUAUUCCCGGGUCAGAUGAUAAAAAUUCAAAGCAACUGGACUUAUAUACAUCAUGGUCAAGCAUGUAUGGAAGCAUUUAUAAGAACUACCCUGAUCUGCACAUUGGAGGAGACCAUUUCCUCAACAAAAUGGAUUCAGGUUGUAUCUUGGACCUUGACACUGAAUUUCCAGAUGGCCCUGUUUUACUUUCUGAAGAUAUCACCUCCGGUUCUGCAAAAUCCCUUGAGAUUUUGAAGAAAAAAUCUAUAAUAAGAACAGUGCACAAUGAAGAAAAUAAAGAAAAGAGUAUAAUUUUCCAGGGCGCACCAUUUUCUAACUCGCUCCUCAAUGGCUACAUGGAGAGCAAGAUACAGGAGCUCUACAAACAGUUUCUUGAAGAAAACACAAUGACAGAGGGUCCUCUAUAUACUUUAAUGUUUUCUGGAUUUUUAAUGAACAAUGUCAAUCAAAUCAGUGAGCAGAUUUCACGGGAACAAAAACUGGACCAUACUAUGGCAAGAGAAGCUCUGCUGCAGUGUUUGAGAAGUUCUUCUAGUAAGAUCAGUUCAGAGUUUGCCACUCCUGUUCUACAUAUCUCUACUUUAGAUGGAAAAAAGAACGCUGAUACAUUGUUGAAGACAAAGUCUAAUUACUUUAAAUUUCCAUGAAUACAAUAACAGAAUGAAAAUAAAGCAUAUCCCUAAGUUGGAAAUUAUAUUCAUUAAGCCACCCUGAAGCAUUAAUUCAAGAUGACAAAUGAUUAAUGUUACCUGCUAAUCUGUUAUAAUUUAAGAAGGAGAGUGGAAAUUUGAAUGUAUUUGCCGAAUUACAUAAAAAUUGUACAAUAAAAAGUUUAUAUGUAAUAAAUACUCUAUACAUCAUA